GCAUUUUAGGCAAGAGUUAAGUAGUAGCCGACUACCUCCAUCCACAAAUGCAGGAACCAUAUCUUGAUUCGAUGGAGAAAGAAAGAAAGUUUCUUAAUGAUCAAGAUGGUUUCGACCCAAGUGCACCUCCUCCAUUCAGAAUAAACGAGAUCCGAGCUGCCAUUCCAGAGCAUUGCUGGGUCAAGAACCCAUGGAGGUCAUUCGGUUAUGUUUUAAGAGAUUUGCUUCUUGUCUCUGCACUCAUAGUAGCUGCACUUCACUUCAACAGUUGGUUCUUCUGGCCGCUCUAUUGGGUGGCUCAGGGAACAAUGUUCUGGGCAAUUUUUGUUCUUGGCCAUGACUGUGGACAUGGAAGUUUCUCCGACAGUUCCAAGCUCAAUAGUAUUGUAGGACAUGUCCUGCAUUCUUCAAUCCUUGUGCCUUACCACGGAUGGAGAAUUAGCCACAGGACUCAUCAUCAAAACCAUGGAAACGUUGAAAAGGAUGAGUCUUGGGUUCCGUUGACUGAGAAGACUUUCAAGGAACUACCUCAUAGUACUCGAAUUCUGAGAUUCACAGUGCCUUUCCCCAUGUUGGCUUAUCCUCUCUAUCUGUGGUAUAGAAGUCCAGGGAAGGAAGGGUCUCAUUUCAACCCCUAUAGCAACUUGUUCACAGCAAACGAGAGAAAAUUAGUGGUGACUUCAACUGUGUGUUGGACUAUAAUGGCUGUUUUUCUGCUCUGUUUAUCCUUUGUAGUAGGCCCUGUCCAAUUGCUUAAGAUUUAUGGCGUUCCUUACUUGAUUUUUGUAAUGUGGUUAGACUUUGUUACUUAUUUGCAUCACCACGGUCACGAUGAGCACAAACUUCCUUGGUACCGUGGCAAGGAAUGGAGUUAUUUGAGAGGAGGGCUUACAACAGUGGAUAGAGAUUAUGGAUUGUUCAAUAAUAUCCACCAUGACAUUGGCACUCAUGUCAUCCAUCACCUCUUCCCCCAAAUUCCACACUAUCACUUAAUAGAAGCGACAAAGGCAGCAAAACCAGUACUGGGAAAGUAUUAUCGGGAGCCAAAGAAAUCUGGCCCCAUUCCAUUCCACUUGAUAGAAAAUCUAAUCAGAAGCUUGAAGCAAGACCACUUUGUAAGCGACACCGGGGAAAUUUUAUACUAUCAGACUGAUCUUAGUCUGCACAAAAGUUUUAUUAGCAAGUUGGAUUGAUAUUUUAGAGCUCUGUCUAGUUAAAUAAACAGGGGAUUCAAUAAA